AUGGCGACGCCUCGUCGCUCCUCUCAGCAGCAGCAGCAGCAGCAGCAGCCCAGCUCCCUGCUGUCCUCCCCGCCCAGAGGCUCCUCUCUCCCCGCCACCCCGCCUGGCUCUCCGCCGGCACCCACCGACGAUGCCGCCUCGCCUCCCCACGUAGCCGCCAUGGAGAGCGCGGCUGACGGCGAGGCAGCCCCGGCCUCUCCCACCACCAGCUCCGCCGCCGCCUCCCCAGCUCUGGCCCUGUCCGCCAGCAGCAGCAGCGGCAGCGGGGCUAGCAGCAGCGCUAGCUCCCCGACCACCACCGAGGGCAGCGGGACCAGCCCCGGCUCCACGCCCGACUCGGGCAGCGGUAACCCGGGCAGCAGCAGCGGCAGCAGCAGCGGCGGCGGAGGCAGCGGGGGGGGCGGCGGCGGCGGCGGCGCUAACGGGGCUUUUCGGGAGCUGUUUGAAGCCUGCAGGAACGGGGACGUGUCGCGGGUGAAGAAGCUCGUGGAUGCGGUGAACGUGAACGCCAAAGACAUGGCUGGACGCAAGUCGACGCCGCUGCACUUCGCUGCAGGUUUUGGCCGGAAAGACGUGGUGGACCACCUGCUUCAGACGGGCGCUAACGUGCACGCUCGAGACGACGGCGGCCUGAUCCCGCUGCACAACGCCUGCUCCUUCGGCCACUCUGAGGUGGUGUCCUUGUUGCUGUGUCAAGGCGCCGACCCGAACGCCAGAGACAACUGGAACUACACGCCGCUACACGAGGCCGCCAUCAAGGGCAAGAUAGACGUCUGUAUAGUGUUACUGCAGCAUGGAGCCGACCCCAACAUCCGCAACACCGACGGCAAGUCCGCCCUGGACCUGGCUGAACCCUCCGCCAAGGCUGUGCUCACAGGUGAAUACAAGAAGGAUGAGCUGCUGGAGGCGGCGAGGAGUGGAAACGAGGAGAAGCUAAUGGCCUUGCUUACGCCGCUCAACGUCAACUGCCACGCGAGCGACGGCCGCAAGUCCACUCCACUCCACCUGGCAGCCGGAUACAACAGGGUGAGGAUAGUUCAGUUGUUGCUACAGCACGGAGCAGAUGUUCACGCCAAGGACAAGGGCGGCCUGGUGCCUCUACACAACGCCUGCUCUUAUGGACACUAUGAAGUGACUGAGCUGCUGCUGAAGCAUGGAGCCUGUGUGAACGCCAUGGACCUGUGGCAGUUCACGCCGCUGCACGAGGCGGCGUCUAAGAACCGAGUGGAGGUCUGCUCUCUGCUGCUGAGCCACGGCGCCGACCCGACCCUCCUCAACUGCCACAGCAAGAGCUCGGUGGACAUGGCGCCCACUCCCGAGCUGAAGGAGAGGCUUACAUAUGAGUUUAAGGGCCACUCGCUGCUCCAAGCCGCCCGGGAAGCCGACAUGGCUAAAGCCAAGAAGACCCUGGCCCUGGAGAUCAUCAACUUCAAGCACCCCCACACGCAUGAAACCGCCCUGCACUGUGCGGUCGCAUCGCCUCACCCCAAACGGAAACAGGUGACGGAGCUGCUGCUGAGGAAGGGCGCCAACGUCAACGAGAAGAACAAAGACUUCAUGACUCCUCUCCACGUGGCAGCAGAACGAGCUCAUAACGACAUAAUGGAGGUGCUACAGAAGCAUGGGGCAAAGGUGAACGCCCUGGACACGCUGGGUCAGACGGCGCUGCAUCGCGCCGCGCUGGCGGGCCACCUCCAGACCUGCAGGCUGUUGCUAGGAUACGGGGCUGACGCCUCGCUGGUGUCGCUGCAGGGCUUCACCGCUGCUCAGAUGGGAAAUGAAGCCGUUCAGCAAAUACUCAACGAGAACGUCCCGGUGAGGAACUCAGAUGUGGACUACAGACUCCUGGAAGCUGCUAAAGCCGGAGACCUGGACACUGUUAAGUCGCUGUGCACGGCUCAGAAUGUGAACUGCAGAGAUCUGGAGGGACGACACUCCACUCCUCUCCACUUUGCUGCCGGCUACAACAGGGUGUCGGUGGUGGAGUACCUGCUGCACCACGGGGCGGACGUGCACGCCAAGGACAAAGGCGGCCUGGUUCCUCUUCACAACGCCUGCUCGUACGGCCACUACGAGGUGGCCGAGCUGCUGGUCAGACACGGAGCCUCGGUCAACGUGGCCGACUUGUGGAAGUUCACGCCGCUCCACGAAGCCGCCGCGAAGGGCAAAUACGAGAUCUGCAAACUGCUGCUGAAGCACGGAGCCGAUCCAACAAAGAAGAACCGGGACGGGAACACGCCUCUGGACCUGGUGAAGGACGGGGACACCGACAUCCAGGACCUGCUCAGAGGAGACGCUGCGCUGCUGGACGCGGCGAAGAAAGGCUGCCUGGCCAGGGUGCAGAAGCUGUGCAGCCCCGACAACAUCAACUGUCGCGACACGCAGGGACGCAACUCGACUCCGCUCCACCUCGCAGCCGGCUACAACAACCUGGAGGUAGCCGAGUAUCUGUUGGAACACGGAGCUGACGUGAACGCGCAGGACAAAGGAGGGCUGAUACCGUUACACAACGCUGCUUCGUACGGGCACGUGGACAUCGCCGCCCUGCUGAUCAAGUACAACACGUGUGUGAACGCCACCGAUAAGUGGGCGUUCACUCCCCUCCACGAAGCGGCCCAGAAAGGCCGGACUCAGCUCUGCGCCCUGCUGCUGGCCCAUGGAGCCGACCCCACCAUGAAGAACCAGGAGGGCCAGACGCCACUGGACUUGGCGACGGCCGAUGACAUCAGAGCGCUGCUGAUUGACGCCAUGCCACCAGACGCCCUGCCAAGCUGCUUGAAGCCGCAGGCCACCGUGGUGAGUGCGACGGUGGUGAGUACCGGUGCAUCGGCCGGCGUGGUCAUCUCUCCGUCUCCAUCUCCGUCCUGCCUGUCAGCAGCCAGCAGCGUGGACAACCUGACCACAUCGCUCGGCGACAUCACGGUGGCCGGAGCCACCGGAACCGCAGACGGAGCGUCUGGGUCGGACAGGAAGGAGGGAGAAACGCUGCUCGACAUGACCAUCAACCAGUUCUUGAAGAGUUUGGGGCUGGAACACCUCCGAGAAAUCUUCCAGCGGGAACAGAUUUCGCUGGACGUUCUGGCAGACAUGGGUCACGAGGAGCUGAAAGAGAUCGGCAUCAACGCUUACGGCCACAGACAUAAACUCAUCAAGGGCAUCGAGAGGCUGCUGGGAGGCCAGCAAGGUGCAAACCCGUACCUGACGUUCCACUGCUCCAGUCAGGGCACGGUGCUGAUCGACCUGGCGCCGGACGACAAGGAGUUCCAGUCUGUGGAGGAGGAACUGCAGAGUACGAUCAGAGAACACCGCGAUGGAGGCAACGCAGGCGGAGUCUUCAGCCGGUACAACAUCAUUAAGAUCCAGAAGGUGGUGAACAAGAAGCUACGGGAACGAUACGCACACAGACAAAAGGAAAUCGCAGACGAGAAUCACAACCACCACAACGAGCGCAUGCUCUUCCACGGUUCUCCCUUCAUCAAUGCAAUCAUCCAUAAGGGCUUUGACGAACGUCACGCCUACAUCGGUGGCAUGUUUGGCGCUGGCAUCUAUUUCGCCGAGAACUCUUCCAAAAGCAACCAGUACGUGUACGGGAUUGGUGGAGGAACAGGAUGUCCUACACAUAAAGACCGUUCCUGCUACGUGUGUCACAGACAGAUGCUGUUCUGCCGGGUGACGCUGGGGAAGUCAUUCCUUCAGUUUAGUGCGAUGAAAAUGGCCCACGCCCCCCCUGGACACCACUCCGUUAUAGGGCGACCCAGCGUCAACGGACUGGCGUAUGCAGAGUACGUCAUCUACAGAGGGGAACAGGCCUACCCAGAAUACUUGAUCACCUACCAGAUCGUGAAGCCAGAGAGCCUGGCCACGCCGGCUGCCACUGCUGAGCAGAAGUCCUAAAACGAAGCCACAGCGAGUUGUGGAGAUGGCCGGAUUGUAGUGGACUCUCUACGAGGACUUGGAACUGAACUGUAAAGUGUUUCAAACCUCAUACCUAAAGGUCUCCAGAGCUGAGCUUAAGAAGGACGAGGUGAAGUGUCGACUGGGCAGGAGUCAGAUGAUCCUCGGAAACCGGCCUGGAUGAGUCUAAAGAAGACGAGAAGGAGAAUGAACAGAGAGCGUUUCAGUUUCGGGGCGAAAUACAUGUUCAGUCCAAAGCAGCAGGCAGCAAAAAUCCAUUUUUAAUCAAGUCUAAUUUUGAGGAGGAAAUGCAAAUUUGCUGAUCAGUGUUUGUGGAUGCUAUUACAGCUCCCUGAUAUGAUCUAAAAAUUAAAGCAAUUACGACAGAACACAAUCCCCAACCAAACAAAUGCUGCUGUUCCUGCACCUUUGCACUGCUCAGAUAUUCUAGUCCCACGUUUUAAUGUGUUGUUUUGAUAUCAUGUCCUCUUUAGGCUUCGUGCAUCAUCCACAACAACAAAAACAACACCUCCAGGUCAUUCCCACAACACAGUGAUUGUUGAGCUGAGAGAACAGACAUCAUUUUGUGUCACAUGGUCACCGGUGAUGCUGAUGUAAACAAGACGCAGAGCUCUGUGUUCUCUCACACCGUUUCCAGACAAAGAAGGAACCUGAAAAGGAUCGUGCAGAAAGAUAAGUGAUGGAGGAGUCAGUAAGCAUGAGGCCAACAGGACACUACGAGACCACAUUUCACUGCUGCUACCAGUACGGGCUGCACACUUUCCACUGCAGUCCAUACUGGGACUGACCAGCUCUACAACCACCAGUUAGACAAAACCAGUUCAUUUCAGAAGUGCCGCUGCCAGCAAACACCAAACCAGUACACUGAACAAAACAUGGACAUCAUGUUUAGAUGUUUCAAACUUUUAAAGGGAUUUUUAGGUUUAUAGUUCAGAAAAAGGGCUGCAGGUGUCUCGGUGGUUAGCACCGUCGCCUCACAGCUACAGCUCACAGAAACAUG